CAAGGAAAAGGCCCCAGCCCCGCCGCCAUCUUGUUUCGCCGCCACUUUGCGCUCGCCUCGUCCCUCGCCUCCCCGCCCCCCGCCUUUCCCCGUUGCGGCCUGGAGCGCGGUGGCUACCGCUGACCCGCCGGCUCCCUUCGCGGUUUGGAGACCGAGGCGCCACGGAAGCCACGGAGGCGGAGCAGACGGUUACCAUCAUGUCCACGGACGGGGGCUUUCCGGGAGGCAGUAGCGAUGCCCAGCAGUGCCUCCAAUCUUUCUGGCCUCGGGUCAUGGAGGAGAUUCGGAAUUUGACAGUGAAAGACUUCAGAGUUCAAGAACUUCCAUUGGCACGCAUUAAGAAGAUCAUGAAACUAGAUGAGGAUGUGAAGAUGAUCAGUGCUGAAGCACCUGUUCUGUUUGCCAAGGCUGCUCAGAUAUUCAUCACGGAAUUGACAUUACGGGCCUGGAUUCACACAGAGGACAACAAGCGCAGGACCCUGCAGAGAAAUGACAUUGCUAUGGCGAUCACAAAGUUUGACCAGUUUGACUUUCUCAUUGAUAUUGUUCCAAGGGAUGAACUUAAACCUCCCAAGCGACAGGAGGAGGUGCGCCAAGCAGUGACCCCAGCAGAGCCUGUCCAGUAUUACUUCACUUUGGCGCAGCAGCCGGCGGCCGUCCAGGUCCAGGGGCAGCAGACUGGGCAGCAGACAACCACAUCCACGGCGACCAUCCAGCCGGGGCAGAUCAUCAUAGCCCAGCCUCAGCAAGGGCAGACCACUCCUGUGACCAUGCAGGUGGGUGAAGGGCAGCAGGUCCAGAUUGUCCAGGCCCAGCCACAAGGGCAGGCCCAGCCAGCACAGAGCGGGAGUGGACAGACCAUGCAAGUCAUGCAGCAGAUCAUUACCAACACAGGCGAGAUUCAACAAAUACCGGUCCAGCUCAAUGCCGGUCAGCUGCAGUACAUCCGCUUGGCCCAGCCUGUCUCCGGCACCCAGGUCGUCCAGGGCCAGAUCCAGACACUUGCUGCCAACACGCAACAGAUUACACAGACGGAGGUUCAACAGGGACAACAGCAAUUCAGCCAGUUUACAGACGGACAGCAACUGUACCAGAUCCAGCAAGUGACCAUGCCUGCUGGCCAGGACAUCACCCAACCCAUGUUCAUCCAGUCGGCCAGUCAGGCAACAGACGGGCAGUCCCCACAAGUUACAGGAGACUGAACCUGUUCAGCCAGUGGGUUAUUGGAUGGGGAUUGAGCCUAUCAACUGGAUUAAUGCCCCUCAAGACAUUGAAGGAUUUCUUUAAGGCUUCCUCCUUUGUCCCUAUCUUUAUUUGAUACGCAGCUGCCAGGAGCUGUACCCCGCUUUGUAUUAUAUGGACAGUUUCAAUCUCUUGGAUGAAAAAGAGAUCCCCAAUGAACUGACAGCAAUAUAGUACACAUCCUUUUUAUUAUUAUUAUGUGUGAUUUUUUUUUAGAACUUGUAAAUCCUAUAUUGUUCAGUCUGUACAAAUGGAUGUAGGGCUCUUUUUGAGCCAUGGUUUCUCCAAUGGUCCAACAUCUUUUCUGUCACUCUGUCCACUUUCCCUGUUCGAGCUGCAACUGCCAGGAUUUUGCGCCAUUCCUGCUUUAGUGUGGAGUGGACAUGUCUCUUUGUUUUCAUUCAAGCGGAGAGUGUAUGAGAAUGUCGAUGUGUGUGUGUUUAUUUGUAUAUGUAAAAGAGACAGAGAGAGAGAGUUGUGCGAGGAGUCUGAAUAACACCCAGAUUGAAAUAUUGCUGUCUGCAGCUUCCAAGGAAAAUAUCAGAAGGCAGAGCUACCCAAUGUUUGUGCAUUAAACUUAUUUUCUGAAGGCUUCCAUUUGGCCUUAAUCAAUUUUGGAACUACUCAAAAGAGUUCUAGACAUGCAAAUGUCAGGUUUUUAGUUCAUGGUGUGAAAUGUUUUUUUUAAAAGCCUGUAUAAAAUUUGGUCCGUGCAUGUAUUUAAAAGCGGCAUGAAAUGCAAUAAAUUGUGUUUUCCUAUGA